CCUACCAGUUCCCAACCCCACAAUAAGGUCAACAUUGAUCACCAAUGAAGUUUUGAAGCUAUUCAUUGAUCGAUCCUCUUUGCUACAACACGCCUGCUCUGGAUUAAACCUUGUAUCAACGCGAUUAUCAGGAUGCCGGCCGGCGAGCGUCUGUAUGAGUCGCUUGUGGAUUUAUCGGUGGAAGAGAACGAGGCUGUCCUGUGGAACCAAAUCAAGGCGGAGGCACGGCGUGACGCGGAGGUGGAGCCGGCCCUAGCCAGCUAUCUAUACUCGACUAUCCUCUCGCACUCUUCGCUGGAGAGGUCCCUCUCCUUCCACCUGGGAAACAAGCUCUGCUCCUCCACUUUGCUCUCCACACUCCUUUACGACCUCUUUCUCGACACUUACUCGUCUGACCCCGGCCUUCGCACCGCUACUGUUGCCGAUUUGCGUGCCGUUCGUACGCGUGACCCAGCCUGUGUGUCCUUCUCUCACUGCCUUCUCAAUUACAAGGGUUUCUUGGCCUGCCAGGCUCACCGAAUUGCUCACAAGUUGUGGGCUCAGUCCCGUAGGCCAUUGGCACUGGCAUUACAUUCUCGCGUCUCAGAAGUUUUUGCUGUUGAUAUACACCCAGCAGCAAAAUUCGGGAAGGGGAUAUUGUUUGAUCAUGCAACUGGAGUAGUGAUAGGUGAGACAGCAGUGAUUGGGAACAAUGUGUCAAUAUUACAUCAUGUUACACUUGGUGGGACAGGGAAGACAUGUGGAGAUCGGCACCCGAAGAUUGGAGAUGGAGUUCUUAUUGGGGCUGGUGCAACCAUAUUGGGGAAUGUAAAGAUUGGGGCUGGAGCGAAAAUUGGGGCUGGUUCAGUGGUUUUGAUUGAUGUGCCACCACGGGCCACAGCCGUGGGGAACCCAGCAAGGCUGGUUGGAGGGAAGGAAAAGCCAGUGGUACAUGAGGAGUCCCCUGGGGAGUCCAUGGAUCAUACAUCAUUCAUUUCUGAGUGGUCAGAUUAUAUUAUUUGAUGAGGUUGACCUCAAUUUUUGUUUUCUUAAUGGCAGAAUAAGUUAUGUACAAUAGCAUUGUUAUCCUAGUCACAUACAAUAGCAUUAUUGUUGUAUUCCUUCUUUGCUUAUAGGCUAUAGGCUUUGAUUGAUCAAAGCCGAACAAUUGAUGUUGUGUGUAUUGGAUUGAAAUGUCAUCAUACUUGUUUGAAUAUAGCAGUGAAUUAAUAACUUUAAAAUCGAA